UGAGUGAAGCUUCUCCCUGACACAGGGGUACACACUGCUUCUGCGGCCCUGGUGUAGCCUUCACCCUUAAACUACUUCCAAAAUGUCAAAUUUAGAGAUUUUAAACUCGUAUUUGAUGGAGCGGCUGGCUGUGGCUGUUCGGGAGAUCCUGGAGGCGGUGGAAGCCACAAUAACGGAGUACCGCACAGAGACCGCGCAGACACGCAUCGAAAACGAAACGCUCAAACAGCAGCUCCGAGAACUUCUCACUCCAGCGCCAGAUCCAGUCCCUGUGUCCUCUAAUUCUGACUUAGAUGAAAUCUCUCCAUGUGGCCAGCAGGAGUGGAGUUCAGGCCUGGAAGAACAAACAGAACCUUCAGAAGUGAAUGAGAACCAAGUGCCAAGUGAAGGUUCAGUCCGGAUAAAGACUCCACAGACACUAGAUCUGAUACCAGUUUGCAAAAAAGACCCAGAUCCUGAGGUGAAAGCCUUCAGUGAGGACUUGUGCACAGAAAACCCUACUUCUACAAACACAAAUGAGGACACCUUUCAAAAAUUUUUGUUACCUGUUGUAAAACUCCACAGGGUGAAGCUUGAACCAGAAGAGAAGCAAAUUCCUGUAUCAUUACCAGACACUGAUCUUCCUGCAGAGUCAGACCCUUUGGACAGCCCUGAAUCCCCGAGCGUUCUCAGUCCUAGCACAGGCAGCCAUAAUGCCUUAAUUCCAGAGGUGGCCGAGAGAGAAGAGCUUCACAACGCAGCUCAGCCAGACCAGAUGAGGAACACAGAGACUCUAAACAACGAGGCGCACAAUGAAAUGCUGUAUAAAUGUUCACUUUGCAAAAAGUCAUUCACAGAACUGAAAAAGCUACGGGUGCACCAGCAGGCUCAUGAGCGAGCCUUUGGCUGCAACUGGUGCGGCAAGGGCUUUUACCAGUCAGCUGACCUUCGGCGCCACCUGCGCACACACACUGGGGAGAGGCCCUACUUAUGCACCUGGUGCUCCAAGAGUUUUACCCAAAGAAGCAACCUGCUGCGACAUGUUCGUAUUCACACAGGAGAGAGGCCAUACCGGUGCGCUCACUGUGAGCGCAGCUUCAACGACAGCCACACGCUAAAAAAACACCAACGCAAACAUUACGACGAACGCUACAACUGCUCCCUCUGCAACCAGAAUUUUAAUGUGGCCAGGUCUCUUCAGCUUCACCUGGUAAAGCAGCACUUUAACAAUGACAGUCAUUAGCAAGUUGGCUUUUGGAAUCAACCGUGGACUACACUCGUCUCUUAUCGACCUGAGGUUCCGAAGUAUUAAACCGCCUGAUUUAUAAAUACUAUUAAAUUUAGCAAAAGCUCACAGUUUGACUCUGUAGUCAUGAAGGAAAGUCGGACUGCCGUAUGUAUUAUCUAAUUACAAUUAAUAAAAAAUUAUCUUUUUUUUUUUUUUUUGCUUUUGCUUUUUGUGAAUUUUAGAUAAAAUAUCAAUUUACAUUUGUGAUCAGAAGUUUACAUACACUCAUUAUGAACAUCAGUUUCACAUCAGUGUCUUUUUCUGGAACAGAAUGAUUCUACAACAGAC